UGUCAAAAAAUCAAGCUGUGUUGAUGUUGAUUAACUAAAUCCAAGGAUUUUUUCGCUUUAUUUGCAAAAAUGUGUCAAUUUCCGGCUUUAAACGCAUUCUAACAGUGCAGUUGGUGAAAAUGUAGUUGAACUCGGGUCCAACAAAGUUCGGAACGCAAGAUUAUUCGCCGUCUCGACGGCGACCUUGAAGUAAACAAAAACAGCAGCAAACAUGGAGGAGUCCCACCAGCAUCUGGAACUUGGUCCCAGCGGAAGCGGGGGUCACCACCUGCAGGAGGACAUGUCCAAGGGCGUACUGCGUACGAUUCAGCACGUCGAGAACGGGACGCUGCACUUUAUAACGAUUCCUCCGGCGAAUACGCGCGAUCAGGAGUACAUCGACAGUUCGCUGCUGGGGGCGGAUUUUUCGAGCCAUUUGCCGAACGGGUUGCUGGUGGACUAUAUUGGCGGGCCGGGAUCGGGGACGGCGAGUGGGCAGUUUCAUCAGCAGCUGGAUCACCAUGGGGGUGGUGGAGGGGGCAUUCAAACGUAUACGGCGGAAGAUCUGCAGAAUCUGGUCGAGGCGAGUUCGCUGCAGACGACGGAGAACGAGCGGAAGUUGUUUUUGCAGUUUGUGAACAAACCUCCCUCGCACGAGGCUCCGGUCAUCGUGACGAAUCCGAAGGAUCAGAUGAGUGGGUUGGGAGAGCACGAUAAGCUGGGGGACUCGCAGUUGAGCCACAUGCCGGUGACGUCCAGCGGUGGGUUUCUGCACUAUCAUCACCAGGAUCAGCUGCUCAGUUCGACGCACGUUGGUAGCAUGGACCAUGGCGGGCACAUUCAGCAGCAACAGCAGAGCCAGUCUCAUCUGUCGUCGAUUCAUUCCAUGCUUCAAGGCGACUGUUCGCCAUCGAAGCUGUUUCACGUGACUUCGUCAAGCUCUAGUACAAACAUUGCAAUCAACCCGGUCACCAGCCAGAACUGCAUCCAGAUUCCACCGUUGACUCCGAUUAAGCGGAUCGAGUCGCCGAAGCGAUACCUUGGCUAUCAAAUGGUACAAAAUCAGCAGCAGCAGCAACAGCUGGCGGACGAUAACUUCCUCUCGCGGGACGAUCUGAUGGAGUGCGAGCCGAUUCGAUCUGAGGAUGAGGAGGAACUCGCAAGCAACCACUUCAACAACACCUAUUUACCUCACAAGAAGCGACUGUCGAAGAAGCUCGGCGAUGCACCGCCCAAAGGGGCCGCGGAGCAGUUCCACCGGGACUCGGUGAUCGCCAACGACCAUCACAACCAGGACAAAACCAGUCAACCGGUUCCGAGCGAAGCGGCAACGCCCAAAAAGAAAGCUUUCGCCUGCCAGCUGUGCAGCGAUUCGUUCGACGACCAGCUGCAGUUCUUCACCCACCUCAAGGGCCACUACGAACCGGUGACCGCGGCCAGUCCGACCGACGACGGCAAGGCCAGCGAUCCGAAGAAGAAGCCCAAGCUACCUCGCGUGAAGCACACGAAAAAGCUUAAAAACGACAAAUCUUCCCGGAUGACCGCGGAGGAAACGGUGCCGGUUGCGCAAGAACCACCUGCCCGCAGCUAUCCGGCACCAAUCCAGCCGGACGUGAUCGUGGCAAACACUCAGCACCCCGCGCCGGAACCGGACAACCCGGGCGAGUUUAGCGAAACGGAGGACAUGCUCGAGGGCAUCCGGACGGCGGUGCAGAAGGUUCAGGAAGCGGUCGAGGACACCAACGACGGGCUGGGGAGUGGUGUGGGUGGGCGUUCGUCCAGUUGGUACCAGCAGCAAGAGCCGGUGCCGCCGCCAACGAUUGAAUUUAACGGCGAUCUGGACACGCAGGAGAUUCACAUCAACGCCGGAAGCGAUAACUUUGUGCUGUUCCUGAACAAGUCGGACUUUAACGAGGAUAUCCUAGACCAUCCCAAUCAACAGCCGUCGCAGCAUCACCAACCUCAGCACUCGAUUCUCGCCAAUCAACUCCAGCAGUCUACCCACGCCAACCCGACAACUCACGUGGAUCAACCUUCCUACAUUCUGGGUGGGACAUCACCGGCGACGACGACGGAACAGCACCAACAAACCAUCGGCGGGGACUGCGACAUCCAGAACAUCCAAAUUCUGGGCUUCAGCUCGUCCGAGAUCGACUUCAACCUGGCCUCGGCACCGCACCAGCUGAGUGAGCUGAACGGAGCAAAGCUACUGAAGGACGAGCAGCAAUCGUUCGCCGGAAGUGACGACGACCAGCUGGAAGAUUCGCGGGACGGAGAAUUUUAUCUGUCCGAUGAGGAGGAGGAGGAGGUGGUCGUUGGAUCGUCGGCUUACGAUGAUGAAGAGGAACAGAUUGCGGUUGAGUCUAACGUGGGAGUGAUUUCAGAGGUGCUGCCCGUGGUGAAAAAGAAAAAAGGUCGAAAGAAGACUGCUAGGGAGGUCGCGGUAGAUCCGGAACAGCAGCAAGCUGGAAAGAAAGCAGGCAAGAAGUUCCUUUGCAGUGAAUACGACUGUGAUAAGCUGUUCAACUCCAAGACCGCCGUGCGUUAUCACGAGUUGCAGCACAAAAACUUACGCCCGUUCAGCUGCCAGAUUUGCUCUAAAAACUUCUUCACCUCGUCUGCAUUAAAAGUCCAUUCUCGCCUUCACACAGGAGAAAAACCAUACAAAUGUGAAGAUUGCGGCCGCGCUUUCCGCCAAUGGGGAGACAUGAAAUACCACCAGGCUUCGAUCCAUUCAACAGAGAAGAAAGAAAUCUGCGAGUACUGCGGCAAGAAGUUCGCCCGUCGAUAUUCCCUAGUUUUACACCGGAAAAUCCACCUGAACGAGAAAAACUAUGUUUGCGAUAUCUGCAAUAAGGCCUUCCGUGCCAGCUCGUACCUCCAGUCCCACCGCAUGAUCCACACGGGAGAGAAACCCUUCUCCUGUCCGGUCUGCAGUAAAAAGUUCCGCUGCGGAGGUGACAUGAAGCGCCACCUCAAAACCCACGAUCGCAAAUCAACGCCCGGAAAGCAACCCUCACCCAAGUCGACGACACCCCGAGCCACGACGAAAAAGACCGCCACCGAUGUGAUAGACCUGACCAAGAUCAAGAGUGAGAAUCAGGCGAAGGUAAUCCACGCUCCGCCGGUCGUGACCGUACUGGCGAAGGGCAUCAAUCACGCCGACGGUAAGGCCGAUUCCGCUGGUGGCAGUAACCAACUGGUGUACCUUGCGACGACGGCGCCCGAUCAGUUCCGGCGGCCGAACGAAACCGUACUGACGGACAUGGGGCGGUGGUGAGCUGCGGCGGUGGGGCAAUAAUGUUUUAUCUUUCAUUUUACUUCUACUUGUUCCCUGUCGGAACGGAUAAGCUGUAUUGGUAGGAUUACGGAUGAACUAUUUUAUUCCUUUUUUGAAUAAAAUUGCGCACAUUGCGCAGAAUUGACAA